AUGCCGAUCGGCCUGGUGGACAUCGAACUGGCUGGCCUUCGUUUAGCAGAUCUGUCCAAGCACGAAGGCCGAUGCCUGGCAGCUGUUGGGCACUUCAACGCGGGAUCUGUUCUGUUGGUGGAAAAACCCAUCGUGCGGCCAAGUGUGGUGGAGCUGGCUUCCGCCAUGGCGCAACGGCCGGGCGAUUUUGCUCUGCUUCGAGGUGCCGAGAAUCUGGCCGCCGCAGAGGUCGACGCAACAAUCACGGAGCAGCCCUUCCUCCUUGAAGCUGAGACCAACAGCUUUAUUUUCCAAGGCCAAGUCGUUGGCUUCCAUGCGUUCUCAAUGCUGAACCAUGCCUGUGCCUCGAGCAGGGAGGAGAAUGUGUGUUUCUCCAUCCUCAGCACUGGGGACCGACCGGUCAAUGACGAUCUCGAAGUGAAGCUGAUUGCCAUUCGAGACAUCCAGGCAGGCGAACCCUUGCGGCUCUCUUAUCACGAGCUGUUUGCUGAACCACGGGCUCGAGAAGAGCGCAUUCGUGCACAUUGCGGUGGCCGCUGCGGCUGUUCUCGUUGCCAGCUGGAAGCAGAAAACCCAAUGUUGGCUGAGAUAGGCUUGCAGCUGUCUUUAGAAAGGUGGCAUCCCAGGUGCCAGACAUGCAAUGGCUCCGCUUCACCACACACAUUGCAUUCCGGCGAUGCGGUACAAAUACUUCGCCACCGUGAGCUUGCUGGCGCGAUUGGAAUUGUGCAAGAGGUCAAAAACCAGUCCGUCGUUAUCAAGACAGUCUUCCGUGGCCAAGAGCAUCAAAGCAAGCACGAGCUGGACAGCGUGCGCAGCCUGAGCAUUGUGAAGGAGCUACACAGGUGCAGUGGAUGUAAGCUUGUGCACUUCUGUUCCCGCGCAUGCCAACGGCAGGGAUGGCAAGCACAUCGCCGCUUUUGUGCGGGAGCCGGAGGGCUCGCAAAAGGGCAGAUUCCUGUCGACAGCUGGAUAACUGAAAGGCAGGCCCUUCAAGAAAUCCGGGGAAGGUUGGAGAACCCAAGAGCAAGACAAACGGCAUCGGCAGAGGAACUUCUUACUGCAUUCAGGAGAUUUCAGCACUUCAUUGACAAAUGGACACAAACUGGAAGACUUCCACACCUUGUUCCUGGCCACUAUGCUGUCCAAGAAGCUCUGCUGAUUGCAAUUCCCAUCGGAUCGCUUCUGCUUUGGAAGUCUGCCACAAUGGCGUCCGACGUUCGAAAAGAGGUAUAUGAGCGGUUGGUGAAGAUGGUAUCUCUACAUUGCCAGCAUGUACAAAUGUUAGUUCCCAGAUUUCACAUUGCCCAUUGGACAGCACUACACUACGUGCUGGGCAUCUUGCUAGCAAGAGAGUUUGUGGAAGUUCCCCACACCCCUUUGGCAGCAUCCUUGGUCACGCUGUUUGAGAGCUGUUUGGAUGUGGCUGAAGCUUUUGAUGCGGAGGCCGCUGAAAGCUACAAGUCCUUGGGGCAACACCAGCAGGGGCGUUCUACUACUGAAGGGUCUCGAGUUUUUCAGAGUAUUGCAUCAGAUCCUGCUAAGUUGGCCACGUUCUACAACAUUGAUCCGGAAUUGCCCCUUGAGCAGAAAAUGGCACAGAUGGCUCAGCUCCUACACUCAGCAGGAGACAACAAGGAAUCUGCCGGCUUGCCAGUGCAGGCAUCGCCAACACCAAUGCAAACUCUGCAACAUCAGCGCAUUCAGCGCCCACUUGAAGCACAUGCACUGCCGAAGUCUGCCGAACACACCCAGCGUACAUGCCUUGAUGCUCUCGAUUGA